AGAGCGAGCGAGAGAGAGAGAGAGAGAGAGAGAGAGAGAGGAAAAUGGGUGGACGGAAAGUCCCCGUGUGGAAAUCCCCUUGACUUGUGCCUUUUCAAAAAAAAAAAAAAAACCCACAACUAUCAUUAGCAGACUGUGUACUCCUUUGAAAGGCUCCACGAGCUGCCACGGCUCCAAAAUAGAUCUGAUACUGAAGGAAAGAGAAGGUUGAAUGGCGCCGACGACCGCAGCGGUGAGGCUGAGUGAAGGGGCUCGGAGAGGACCAGCCUGAGCAUCCGGGAGGGCUUUGUUAUUACCCCCGACACAUUACACAGUUUCCACGUUGCUGGGUCAGCGGUGGCUGGUGCCUCCUCCUCCUCCUCCUCCUCCUCCUCCUCUCCUCUUCCUGGUUCCUCUUCCUCCCCUCCUUCCGUCCACCUGGCCACUCAUCCGCCAUGUCGCAGGGUCAGAACUUCCUCCCCAAAUUCCUGUUUGUCUCCAACCUGCUGAAGGCGGUGAAGAUCCGCCAGCGAGUGCCCAACGACGUGGUCAAGCCGGCUGCCAGCAGCGGCCUAAUGCACCACCUGCGGGGUAUGCACCGGUACACGCUGGAGAUGAUCGCCAUGAACCACUUCCCGCAGGCCUUCAGGGAGGUGGUGCAGGCCGCCAUCCUGGACCGAGCCAUGCAGGCCUCCCUGGAGCAGGAGAAGAAGCUCAACUGGUGUCGGGAAGUGAAGAAGAUGGUGCCCUUGCGUACAAAUGGAGAUGGGAACUGCUUGCUGCACGCGACCUCUCAGUACAUGCUGGGCGUCCAGGACACGGACCUGGUGCUUCGGAAAGCCCUCCAUGGCGUUUUGAAAGAGACGGACACCGGCGUGUUCAGAGCUCGCUUCCAGGCGGAGCUGCUCCGGUCCCAGGAGUUCACUCAGACCGGACUCCGGUACACCACGAUGAAUUGGGAGGAAGAGUGGGAGAAGAUUGUGAAGAUGGCGUCUCCGGCCUCCAGUAGCAACGGCCUCCAGUUUGACUCUCUGGAGGACAUUCACAUCUUUGUCCUUUCCAACAUUCUCCGCCGUCCCAUCAUUGUCAUCGCAGACCAGGUGGUCAGGAGUAUGAAAUCUGGCUCCUCCAUCUCUCCUCUGAAUGUGGGUGGGAUUUAUCUGCCGCUGCACUGGCCGCCCACAGAGUGCUACAAAUACCCAAUAGUGCUCGGCUACGACUCCCAACACUUUGCACCGCUCAUCACCAUCAAAGACAGCGGCCCGGAGAUCCGAGCAGUAUCGCUGAUCAACCCAGGACGGGGGGGCUUCGAGGAGCUGAAGGUUCACUUCCUGAUGGAGAAAGAACAGCAGCAGAAGGAGCGGCUUCUUAAAGAGUACCUGCUGCUGAUAGAGAUCCCCGUCAUUGGCUUAGGCUACGACACCACACGGAUCAUCAACGCCGCACGGCUGGAUGAGGGCAACCUCCCCGAGGACAUGAACCUGAUGGAGGACUACCUGCAGCUUGUCAAUCACGAGUACCAGCGCUGGCAGGAGGACAAGGAGCAGGCGUGGGCCGCCCAGCCGCAGCGCCCGCCUCCCUUCUCCGUCUCCCAGCUGUCCCUCAUCGAGAUCCGCUGCGCCACACCGCGAUGCACCUUCUACGUGUCGGUGGACACGCAGCCUCACUGCCACGAAUGCUUUGAGAAGCGACAGGCCACCACCGGCGGUGGAAUGAGGAUAGAAGGGGUCGUGCAGACCAAGGGAGGAGGGGUGCAAGGUGGGGUCGGAGUGAUCGGGGGGUCGGAGAUCGAGGUGAGCUCCAGAGGAGCUCGGGGCAGCAGCCCCCCGUCCUCCGCGUCCGGGAGAGGGGUGGUGAUAUCCAGCCCCCGCUCGGCCCCACCCACCGCCCCCAGCCUCAGCCUGUACAGCGAGACCCACGCCAUGAAGUGCAAGACACCCGGCUGCCUCUUCACCCUCAGCGUGGAGCAUGAUGGACUUUGCGAUCGCUGCUUCAACUCCCGGCAGAACCACGGACCCCCUGGAGCCGGCACGGCUGCCCCGGGACCCCCGGGCCCCAACGGGGGGCCUACGGUCCCACACCCGGCCCAGGGCACCGGCUGGACCCAGUGGGGGAGCCGUGAGACGGAGACAGAGCGCUGCAGCAUGUGCAGACAGGAGGCGUUCAGGAUAUUCAAUGGCCUUUGCCCACCGUGCAUGCAGGGGCAGCAGCCUCCAGAGAGGGGAGAGCCGCAGCAGAACAACCCCAGGACCGAGGCCUCGUCUUCAGCUUGGACACAGGCCAGGGACACGGAGAGGCCGUGCCUCACCCUAACCCCGGGGCACACCUCGGCCUGGCAAGCCCCCCUGGCCCGGCCUUGUAAACGAUCCGGCUGCCAGUUCUUUGGGACGCCGGAGAAGUUGGGUUUCUGCACUAUUUGCUACGUAGACUAUCAGACCAACCACCACCUGACCCCUCCCCCGCCCCCUCCCCCUGCCACGGUCCAGAGCCGGCAUGGCGGGGAGGCGGGCUUCCAGAACGCCUCCCGGUGUCGAGGGCCUGGGUGCGGUGCAGUUGGCAAGGCCAUGCUGGAGGGCUACUGCGACAAGUGCUACGUCAAAGAGCAAAGCACGCGGCUCAACCAGGCGGCCCAUCGCACACCGCACUCCCCUCCUCCGGUCAUGCGCGACCGAGCAGCCAAACCCAGAUCUUCACAGCAAUCCCAGACGCAGACGCAGACCCAAACCCAAACCCAGACGCAGACGCAGACUCAGACUCAGACCCAGUGCCGGCGGAGCGGCUGCAGUAACGUCUCCCCGGGCUGCACAGACCUCUGCCCCGAGUGCCACACGCGCGGCCAGGGCAGAGAGGCGGGCAGGCGGGCGCAGGCGCCCAAGGAGAAGUCCAAGCAGCGGUGCAGGACGCAGGGCUGCGACCACUACGCCAACCAAGAGAAACAGGGCUACUGCAACGAGUGCGACCACUUCAAACAGAUUUACCGCGGCUGAGCGAGACGCUUAAAGCGCUGCCCUGCUGUCGGCCGCUUUGUGCACCUCUGAUACUAACUAACCAACCAACUAACUAACUAGUGACUUACUAGUAACCUUAUGGCCUGAAAAUCAAACACCCCCGCCCUCCUCCCCCCCCCCCAACCCUGUGUAGAAUGUGAAGAGCGAGAGAGAGUGUGUGGAUGUGGUAGUGCAGGUGGGG